AUGAAGAUAUCAGGCCGAACCUUUAUCAUCUCCGGCGGCGCCUCGGGCCUCGGCCGCGCCUGCGCCCGUGACAUCUGCUCACUCGGCGGCCACGCGGCCAUCCUCGACAUGAACUCGGAACAGGGCUCCGCGCUGCAGCAUCACCUCGGCCGUGACAGCGGCGGCCGCCUGGGCGACCCAAAGCGGCAAGCCGCUGGGCGGGGUGAUCCCUCGCGGCGGGGGUGGGGCUGCCCGGGCUGGUGCUGGACCGGGACUUGCAGCCGGUGGGGCUGGAGGCAGGUGGAUUUUGUGCUGGGGGUGAAUCUGCGGGGACGUUGGAUCUGGUGCGGCAGGUGCUGCCGUAUCUUGGGGCGGGGCCCGGGGGAGGGGCCGGAUGGGGAGCGCGGGGUGGUGGUGAUGGUGUCGAGCGCGGCGGCGUUUGAGGGGCAGAUGGGCCAGGUGGCGUACGCGGCGAGCAAGGGGGCCGUGGCGGCCAUGACGCUGCCGAUGGCGCGGGAUUUGGCGCGGUUUGGGAUUCGCGUGGUUACGAUCGCGCCGAGCAUGUUCGAGUCGAAUAUGACGGCGCAUAUGUCGGAGAAGGUGCGCGUGGGGCUGAAGAAGGCGAUGGAGUUCCCCGCGCGGCCGGGCCAGCCGGAGGAGUUUGCCUCGUUGGUGCGGCAGGCGAUUGAGAAUGUCAUGUUGAAUGGGGUGGUGAUUCGGUUGGAUGGAGCGACGCGGAUGCCGAGCAAGCUGUGA